CUGUGACUCGUCUUGAUGAGUGCGACAUUCUCCGACGCCUCUCUCUCGCGCGAAGCUCAGGGUUCUGACUUUGAUUUGAUCAUUCGCCAGCAGCCCAAUCGGGCCCGCGUGGCGGGGGGCAAAGAAAAAGAACGCAAACCGAUCGAUCCGCCCCCGAUCGUCCAGCUCCGGGUGCGAGAGGAGGGCACCUACCUCGCACAACAUUACCUGCAAAGCCCUUAUUAUUUCAUGUGCUGCAGUCUGUACGAUGCAACAGAAGAGCGUCCCGUGCCAGUCGCACCGUCGACUGCGUUAGCAGGGACCCUAGUUUCGUCUCUUCACCGGUUGAAGGACGUGGACAACAGCGAUGGAGGGUUUUUCGUCUUUGGAGAUCUCUCGGUGAAGAUCGAGGGUGAAUUCCGCCUGAAGUUUACCUUGUUCGAGAUGCGAAAGGAUCGUGUCUCCUACCUGAAGACUAUCAUCUCUGAGCGGUUCACAGGUAAGGAUCUGCGUCUACAUCUCCCCCCCAAGAGUUUCCCUGGAAUGAUGGAGUCAACUCACCUUUCCCGAUCAUUUGCGGAUCAAGGUGUGAAACUGCGCAUUCGAAAGGAGCCUCGGACCAUGUUGAAACGAACAACAAGACCUGACGAGUUCCAUCAGCCAGUCCCUACUCGAUCUCCGGAGCGUCAGUCGGUGCAGAUCCCUCCAGCAUCUAGCUAUGGAGGCUAUCCGCCGACAGCCCGAGAUUACGGGUACUAUGGUCAGCAGCCACCGGUCAAGCGUCAUCGUACUUCGAUCGACUAUGGCAGACAACAGCAGGGCCUCUAUGAUGUGGAUGGUCGAAUGGCCCGUCAAAUGGAUCCAUAUAGCCAGCCAACACCUGCCAUGUACACUGGUCAGCCAGCAACCUACCAAACGCCUAACCCCAUGUCGACUUACUCUACAGGGCAGGUGGUGCCUGAUUAUGCGGCGAUGUACCCGGGAAUGCAACCAUCAGCCCCCAUGUCCCAGAUCCCUGAUCCUACCGGUCAAAGCCGAUCCAACCAGCAGCAGCAGGCCGCUGUGGGACAACUGAUGGCGAUGAACCAGCCUGGCACUCCUACCCCAGAUUCGACUGGAGCGAUGAUAGCUCAGGGAUAUGCCCGGUCCGGAUACCCCCCUAGCUCGACCAUACUUCCUCCUCUGCAGCGGAACCGCGACUAUCCUCAAGGAACCAAUGGAUCCGCGCGAGGUUAUUUCGACCAAACUCAGGCGAAUACCCCCAUUCUUCCAUCUCAAAUGGUCAACGAAGGCGAUCGAUUUGGCUCCGUGACCGGCCCAACAACGUUUGAUCCCUCUGAUUCCGCAAAUGGAACGCCCCAAUGA